CCAGACCCAUUACCACUAUCACUACCGUAAUGCAAUGGAAGAGAAAGCUACAACCCCGGCUUCAUGAAGCCGUCUGCUGGCUUCAUAUUUCUCUCCACCACACUCGAUUCAAUAAUCCAGCAGCACUUUUGGCUUGAUGGAAACAAGUAAUUUGACGUUUGGAAAAGUAACGGAAGAUGGUCAAAUGCCACCGAGGAGGAGUUAUUGGACAAAUUGGGGCUUUUCCUCUGAAUAACUAUUUAUGGUUGAGUUCUGAAAAAAAAAAAAAAAGAGCCGUUAACCUGCGCAGCAGCAUCUCUCCCAUCCAGAAAACAGGGAGAGAUGCACGCAUUGAUACAGACAGGGACGAGGAGCGGAACGGGCUGGUUAAAAGUCUCUUGGGUUUUUGAUUGUCUUCUGCUUGUUUUUUGUGUUUUCGAAUAAAAAAAUAGAAAGAAAGUGGCUGACAAACGGACUUUAUCUCAAGCAUGCAGCGAAGAGCCGCUCGUCAGGACACUUCAGGACACUCUUUACGCAUCGACUUGGUCACCUUUUUACCAUGUUCUCUUAAUUUUUUUGACAGUUUAGUUAUCUUUUCUUUUUCCCUUCUUUUCACCAUGAGUCGCUUGUUUUUUUCUUGUUUGAAAGGACCCAAGAUCUUAAGCUGAGAGAGGAGAAGAAGAAAAAAGAAGAGGGUAUUUGAAAGACUGUCGCUUCGCGCAUUUAUGUUGAAGAUUCCGGAAACAUCUGCAAAGAAAACUCGCCAUUUUUCCAUCGUGCGGAUGUAUUAAGUGUCUCUGCGGCAUUUUAAUUCAAGGCGCACUUGAGUCUGACUCAACGAUGUGCUCCGCUGGGAAAUACUGCGUGCUUUUACUCUUGAUGAAAAGUGUCCUGUCGGACUCGGGAAGCUCGCAUCAAGUGGUCCUUUUGGACACAACAGCAGUGCUAGGAGAACUGGACUGGAAAACCUAUCCCGUCAAUGGGUGGGAUGCCAUUACAGAGAUGGAUGAGCACAACAGACCCAUUCACACCUUUCAAGUUUGCCAUGUGAUGGAACCAAACCAGAACAACUGGCUGAGGUCUGGAUGGAUCCAGCGACAAGCUGCACAGCGGGUACAUGUGGAGCUGCGUUUCACUCUUCGUGACUGCAACUCCAUUCCUUGGGUGUCUGGUACCUGUAAAGAAACCUUCAACCUCUUUUACAUGCAGACAGAUGAACCUCUUUCUGCAGGAGCACGGUUUCGGCCCACUGACUACACCAAGGUGGACACCAUAGCGGCAGAUGAAAGUUUCACGCAGACAGAUCUUGGAGACCGUGUCCUUCGCCUCAACACUGAGGUCAGAGAGGUUGGACCAGUGACACAGAAGGGCUUCUACUUAGCGUUUCAAGAUGUUGGAGCUUGCAUUGCUCUUGUGUCUGUCAAGGUGUUUUACAAACGCUGCCCUUCGACUUUGAGGAACCUUGCAGCGUUUCCUGACACGGUGCCGCACAUGGACUCAUCCUCCCUUGUAGAAGUGAGAGGUGCAUGUGUGGAGAAUGCAGAAGAGAGAGACACACCCAAAUUAUACUGUGGUGCGGAUGGAGACUGGCUGGUACCACUGGGCCGCUGUGUCUGCAGCAUUGGCCACGAGGAGAUGGAUGGCCACUGCCGAGCUUGUAGGCCCGGCUUCUUCAAAGCAUAUGCUGGGAACACAAAAUGCUCCAAGUGUCCUCUGCAUAGUUCCAGUCACGACCAGGCUGCCACCAUCUGUCACUGCGAUAAGGGCUUCUACAGAGCUGCUAAAGACACCUCCACAAUGGCCUGCACACGGCCUCCUUCAGCUCCCAGGAACCUCGUCUCACUGAUCAAUGACACCGCUCUCUUCCUGCAUUGGAAUCCUCCAAGUGACACAGGUGGCCGGAAUGACGUCACUUACAAUGUCUUGUGCCAGCGUUGUGAUGGAAGUAUGAGUCAAUGCGAGCCAUGCGAAUCCGACUUGCGAUUUAUCCCUCGACCACUGGGUAUCAGUGGCACGUCGGUGGCAAUCCUAGACCUUGCAAUGCACGCCAAUUACACUUUCCACGUGGAGGCCUUGAAUGGCGUUUCUGCACUUGGCGUGGCCGCCCGCUCACUGGCAAAUGUUACUGUCACUUCACACCAAACUGGCCCAGUUCUUGUGGGUGCUGUCAGGAAAGACUGGGCCUCUCUAGAUAGCAUCGCCCUCUCCUGGUCAGAAGUGGAGCAGCCUCCUUCCGCGAUAUUGGAUUAUGAAGUCAAAUACUAUGAAAAGGAGCAAGAGCAACUGAGCUACUCUUCCACACGAACCAAAACCCCCAGUGUGGUGGUGACAGGCCUCAGACCAUCUACUGUUUAUGUCUUCCAUGUGCGAGCCCGCACAGCUGCAGGCUACACGGCUUAUGGGUCCAGCUUUGAGUUUACAACUGCAGCUGAAGAUCCAGAAGUUGCUGAUCAAGGUCAGGUCCUGGUGGUUGUCACGGCAUCUGUAGGCGGCUUCUCCCUUCUGGUGAUCCUCACCCUCUUCCUCCUCAUCACUGGACGGUGUCAGAGAUACAUCAAGGCCAGGAUGAAGUCAGAAGACAAGAGAACUCGCUUUCACAGUGGACAUGUUCCAUUUUCUGGGAUAAAGACGUAUGUGGAUCCAGACACGUAUGAAGAUCCCACUCAGGCUGUGGAGGAAUUUGCCAAAGAAAUCGACCCGUCUUACAUUUGUAUCGACAGGGUCAUUGGUUCUGGUGAAUUUGGAGAAGUAUGUAGUGGCCGUUUGCGCAUACCAGGGAGGAAAGAUGUUGCCGUGGCAAUAAAGACUCUAAAGGGGGGCUAUAUGGAACAUCAGCGACGUGAAUUUUUGCGCGAAGCCUCAAUAAUAGGACAAUUUGACAACUCCAACAUCAUCCGGCUGGAGGGAGUAGUGACCAAGAGCAGGCCAGUCAUGAUUGUGGUGGAGUACAUGGAAAAUGGAGCACUUGACGCCUUCCUUCGGACACGUGAUGGUCAGUUUACAGUGCUCCAGCUGGUUGGCAUGCUACGUGGCAUUGUGGUUGGCAUGACGUACCUUUCAGACAUGGGCUACGUCCACAGAGACUUAGCAGCCCGGAACAUCCUCGUGGACGAGAAAUUAGUUUGUAAAGUGUCUGAUUUCAGCAUGUCCCGCAUCCUGGAGGACGAUUCUGAAGUGACUUACACAUCCACAGGAGGAAAGAUACCAAUCCGCUGGACAGCACCAGAGGCGAUUGCUUAUGGCAAAUUUUCCUCAGCCAGUGAUGUGUGGAGCUAUGGCAUUGUUAUGUGGGAAGUGAUGUCAUAUGGCGAGAGGCCCUACUGGGAAAUGUCCAAUCAAGAUGUCAUUUUAUCAAUUGAAGAGGGCUACCGCCUACCUGCACCAAUCGGCUGCCCUGUAACUUUGCACCAGCUGAUGCUGCACUGCUGGCAGAAGGAGUACAGCCAGCGGCCACACUUCAGCGAUGUGCUUUCUUUCAUUGACAAACUCAUAAUUAACCCCAGUGGUCUGCUGACGCUGGUCAAUGAUGCUCUUAGUUUCCCCGACUCCCCAGAUGACAUGCCAGACUACCCUCUCUUCAUCUCUAUAGGCGACUGGCUUGACUCCAUCAAAAUGAGCCAGUAUAAAAACAACUUCCUAGCAGCUGGAUACACAACACUGGAUUCCAUUUCAACCAUGAGUAUAGAUGAUGUCAAACGCAUCGGGAUCUGUCUGAUUGGCCACCAGAGGAGAAUCAUCAGCAGCAUUCAGUCUCUUCGCCUGCAGCUUCAUCACAUCCAGCGCAGUGGCUUUCAAGUGUAAAACUCCUGCGCAAAGCCAGACUGUGUAUGCACAACAAGCGGAAGUUCCAUCUUCAUCCAACUAAUUGCACAAACACCAGACUGUUAGGUGCUACCGGUACUGAAGGCUGCUCAUGUCAGAGCGUUCUCUACUAGACCAUAUACCGUCUAGCCAACAUGCACUCACCAUCUUCUGGAUCAUCCUAAGGAAACAACAACCAGCCUCUAUCAGCAUUGGCUAAAGCCUCUUUAUUAUGUGAGCAAGUACUAGCAUUCACUUGACUUUAGAUCUUUCUCCUCACUAGUGGAUAAUCAAGUGUUUGCCAUUACCUCUUCUCUUUUCAAGUGACAAUCCAAUGGCUUCUAUUGACUUUAAAUGGUCUCAAGUCUUUUACCUCAUGACUAGGGUAGACAAGGAGAGGAUAAUUCUUGUAGUGACAUAUGGGACAUUAUGUCAGUGUCUGGUUUUAACAUUUAAAGCUUGUUUAUGUUACAGUUUAUGAAAAAUAAUGACUGAAUGACAACUAAUUUGUGUUUCUAUGGAAUGAGGACCACUGAAUGUCAAUGGACUUUAAACAAAUGUACGUUUCCUCCUCAUGAUUAUCUGGUGUGUCUAGUGUAAAAAGUCUUGUGAAAGUUGUAUGUUAAGUUCAUGAAUAAACAAUUCUAUUUUAAUACUUA